UGCAUCUGUGUACUCUACUUGUUACCUUCCACGCCUUUUGUUUUUCAAUUUUCUCGACCAUAAAUAGCUCCCAACUCGAACCUGGACAUAAUAUUGUCAAACAGAUUAGAGAAACAAAAUGCGGGCCCAAUUCACAAUUCUUUCCUUUCUUCUUCUUAAUCUGAUUAUUACAAUUAUUCAUCCCCAAUCAAAAUGGGUAGUUCAUGCUCAAUUAAUUCCUGCAAAAUUCGAUGGAUUUGUGUAUGGAAAUCCCAAGAAAUUUAACCCAGAAAGUAUUUUACUUGAAGCUUUCUUUGACCCUGUUUGCCCAGAUUCUCGUGAUGCUUGGCCUCCUCUCAAACAAGCUCUUCAUUUUUAUGGCUACAAAAUCUCCCUUGUUGUUCAUCCUUUCCCUCUUCCGUACCAUGAUAAUGCGUUUGCAACGUCUCGAGCAUUGCAUAUUGAUAAUGAAUUGAACAGUUCUGCAACAUACCCCUUAUGGGAAAGUUUCUUUAAAGAUCAGAAUAAGUUCUACAACAAACAGACUAGCAGCAUGACGAGAAAUGAGAUUUUAGAUCACAUUGUCAACUUUGUAACAAAAUCUGUAGGUCAUGCCUAUUACUCUGAUGUAAAAUCUGGCUUCAACGACAGGAAGACUGAUCUCAAAACAAGGGUUUCAUUCAAGUAUGGUUGUUCAAGAGGUGUCUUUGGAACUCCGGCUUUUUAUGUGAAUGGCUUUCCUUUGCCUGAUGUCGGCUCUCCAAUAGAUUACAAUGGAUGGAGGAAGAUCAUUGAUCCACUUGUUACUUCAAAGAGGGAAUAUGAAUAUAUGUAGUACGAAUCUUAGUACCUCAGCAUUAAUGAGGAUGACUGGAUGGGGAACUUCUCGAAAUAUGUAGAUCAAUUCCCUAUUGCAGAUUGUCAUGUUUGAAGUUAGUUUCCAACUUGAAUGUUUGUUGUACCUGUUAUAUUCUAGCAAACUUGAAUACGGAGUAUAUAAUCAACAGAGUACAUAAGGAUUAAAGUGCCAACUCUCAAGUAUAUCAAAUGACUAGAUAGAAUAAUUGAUUGUCCAUUUAAGGGCCAAAUCUGGGUCGACUGCUUGGAACUUUUUGCAAAUGAAUUGUGAAUACUUGUUCUUUA